AAUGUGGUACAAAACCUCAUGGAGAGACUGAGGCCUCUUGUGGGUGUAAAAGGCUGGGAUUAUUGUGUUCUUUGGAAACUGAGUGAGGAUCGAAGGUAUAUUGAAUUGAUGGAUUGUUGUUGCGCUGGGACUGAGCCCACUCAAAAUGGUGGAGAAGACCUUCAGUUUCCUGUUUCUGCAGUCCUUCCUUGCAGGGAUGUCAUGUUUCAGCACCCAAGAACUAAAUCUUGUGAACUUCUUGCUCAACUUCCUUCUUCAAUGCCCCUAAACUCAGGGUUUCAUGCACAGGCCCUGAGCUCAAACCUGCCUAGGUGGUUAAACUUCUCUAGUAGCUCAGAUUCAAAUGUUCUUGAGGAAACGGUUGGAACUAGGGCCCUGAUUCCAGUGCCAGGAGGACUAAUGGAACUGUUCAUUGCUAAACAAGUACCUGAAGAUCAACAUGUCAUAGAUGUUGUAACAUCUCAAUGCAACUUCCUAAUGGAACAGGAAGCCAUGAUCAACUCAACCAACAUGCAUUCAAGUUUAUCAAUUGAUGUGAAUGUUAUGAGUGAAAACCAAUCAAAGCCAUUUCUUGCUAAUGAAAAUGAACAAGAGGAUCAUCACAGUUUGAAUAUUCCAUAUGAUACCUCCCUUGAUAGACUCCACAUGUCUAGUUCUCCAAUGAACAACUUCAUGCACCAGUUCAAUUACAGCACCGACGAAACCAAAACAAAAGGCGAUCUCUUUCAAGGAGUAGAGAGUGGGCUACAAGAUAUGGAUGAUUUGCAGAAGUCCAUGAUGGCUAAUGCAGAAAGCUCGCAGAUGCAAUAUAUGGAGUCAGGUUUAACAACCAAGGAUCAACAUGGAAAUGACAAAGAAUCAAUAAAACUAGAGAAUGGGCCAUCAGCAGAAUAUUCACACUCGGAUUGCAACGAUGAUGAGGAUGAUGCAAAGUAUCGGAGGAGGACUGGGAAAGGACCUCAAUCAAAAAACCUUGUUGCUGAGAGGAAAAGGAGGAAGAAGCUUAAUGAUAGGCUCUAUGCUCUCCGGUCCUUGGUUCCCAACAUUUCAAAGCUGGAUAGGGCUUCCAUACUUGGAGAUGCGAUCGAAUUUGUGAAAGAGCUUCAAAAGGAAGCGAAAGAACUCCAGGAUGAGCUUGAAGAGAAUUCAGAUGAUGAGGGUGCUAAAAACGGGAACAACAACAAUAUGCCACCAGAAAUUCUGAACCAAAAUGGAGUUAAUCUUGGUGCAUACAGGUCUGAUUAUGGUGUGAAUGGAUUUCAUGUGGAAGCAUCAGGCAUUAGUACUGUUUCAAAACAAAACCAAGACUCAGAAAAUUCUCACGAUAAGGGACAUCAAAUGGAGGCGCAAGUGGAAGUUGCUCAAAUAGAUGGGAAUGAGUUCUUUGUUAAGGUAUUCUGUGAGCACAAGCCUGGAGGGUUUGUGAGAUUAAUGGAGGCUUUGGAUUCUCUUGGCUUAGAAGUUACAAAUGCUAAUGUGACCAGCAAUAGAGGCCUGGUUUCUAAUGUCUUAAAAGUAGAGAAGGACAGUGAAAUGGUUCAAGCAGACUAUGUAAGGGACUCUUUGCUGGAGUUAACAAGAGACCCAUCAAGAGCGUGGCCUGAAAUGCCUAAAGCAUCAGAGAUUUGCUGUAGUGGGAUGGACUAUCCUCACCAUGAUCACCACCAGCACCACCUGCAGAAUGGCCACAUGAAUUACAACCACCAUCACCUCCACCACCUUUGA